AAUCGAAGUUGUUAUUUCUAUUUUAUCCUCUCAUUCGUUUUCAGCAGAUGUUACAACUUUUAUUUUGAAGUACAGCGUCUCCGGAAGUUGGUCGGUUAAGAGUCCGACUGUGUACGGUUUAGAUGUACACGGUUUAAAAAUCAUAUCUAGGUAGGCAGCUCACUGAGAAGACACCCAUGCUGAAAGUCCACUUAGGAGAAGUCUGAAAGGGUUUUGUCAUGGAUCCAGAGGUGUCUCUCAUGCUGCACUGUGACCCAUUACAGGCUCUUGGAGAACAUCAAAUUCACGUCGAAAUCUCAGACAGGUUCAAUCGGCAGAGUUUUCCUGAAAUCGAGCAGCACAUUGAAGCCUUGUGGAGUGACCGAGUGACCAAAGAACCGUGGCUCUUCAAUGGGGCCAAAUUCAGAUUGCAUUCAGCGGUGCUCUCUGUCAUGGAAAAAGGACCAGUGGCAGAACAGGCCGUCCAAAACCUACCGCAGUGUGGCGAAGGAGACCAGUUGGAAAGUGCUGAUAAGUCCUCAGACAGAUUGGCAAAAGAUGAGCAAUCUUAUGUGCUAACUUUACAGUUAGGCCUGACCAGUUAUAAAGACUAUCUCGGGACUAACUGGUCACGAGAGGCAGGGAAUCUGCAGAGUCACGGACAGAACGAAUGUGCAGAUCCCCAGGCUUUCCUCGCACAGCCGCUGGGGGUGGGUGCCGUCAUGUCCACCGCGGAUGGAGACGUCGUCCUACUGAGGAGAAGUCAGAAAGUGGCAGAGGCUGCAGGCCUGUUAGACAUACCUGGAGGUCAUCCUGAGCCAAAGAUGUUGUGUCCAGAGGUCAGUGAGGAGGCCAUAUGUGUCGAUCUCCUGCAGGGUAAGGAGAGAGCCGUUGUUUCAGAGAUCUUCUCUUCAGUGUGUGCAGAGAUCAGCGAUGAGGUGAACGUUCCCGUCAAUUCUCUGAGCAAACCGCUGUUUAUGGGAAUUGCGCUGAACCACACUAGUGCAGGACGACCCAGUGCCGAGUUUUAUGUCCGGUGCACUUUGACAACAGAUGAAGUGAGAGAUUUCUACAGACGUGGAGGUCCGGAGGCCCAUGAGUCCACGGAUAUACUGUUUCUGAGUCGAGCGAAAAUGUUCCAAUUAAAUGAGCGCUCCCCCCUGUGGUCAGAGAUGUGUCCUUCAGCGAAGGGUGCAGUACUGCUGUAUCAGAGGGUGAUGCCUGAUUACUGAAUUGAAUCAGAUACACAACCAGCUUUGAAUAAUUGCACAAGCAGAUCAUAUAAACAUGAGUAAUUACAUCAUUUACAGGAACGGUUCACCCAAAAAUGAGAAUCUGCUAAACAUUAACUUGGGCUAUCCAAGGCAUAGAUGUUUUUGUUUCUUCAUCAGAUUUGGAGGAAUGUAGCAUUCCAUCACUUGGAGUAAAUGGGUGCCGUCAGAAUGAGAGUCCAAACAGUCCUUCAAGUAACGUGUGCUGUGUGUUUCUAAGAAAAAAAAAUCAAUUUCUUCUGGACAAAAUAAAAACGUCCAUAAUUCAUAAUAAUGCUUCCUCCAAGUCUUACAUCAAAAUCCAGCCACAUAUUUGUUCAGAGCUGUUUUGUUUUGGCUUAUAAAUGAUGCUUGAUCUGUGCAGAUUUCUCUCCUGCUACAGACCAGAUCACUUUUUUACUGGAGGGAGGGUUAUUAUGCAUAUAAGAAUCAUAUUUUAGCUGUAAAUGACAGUUUAAAGUUAAAAUGUCUUAAUGAUGGAUUUGUUUCCUUUGGCUUUUUAAGAUGUUAAUUGAUGGACUGGAGUGGUGUGGAUUAUUAUGUUUUUAUCAGCUGUUUGGACUCUCAUUCUGACGGCACCCAUUCACUACAGAGGAUCCAUUGGUGAGACAGUGAUGGAAUGACACAUUUCUCCGAACCUGAUGAAGAAACUCAAUCCAUGUCUUGGCUGGCUUGAAGGUGAAUGCAUUUUCAUUUCUGGUUAACUAUUCUUUUAACCUAUUUUAUGAUAUAUCAAUUACAUCGGUUUUGUAUAAGGGACUUGUUUGAAAAAUUACAAAAACGUACAUUACAAAAAACAGUAGUCUUCUAUUUUGUAUACUGGUGGCCAUUAAAAGUCUAGUAAUUUUCAGAAUAUUUGUACAGAACUCCUUGUAUUGAAUACAUGUGAAGUAUAUUUUACAGAGUUUUCUAUUGAAAUUUAUUCUUUGUGACAGACUUUAAUUUGAAUAAACGGCUUUUAUAUUAAAUUAAUAAAAGUUUAAAUACAAA